CACACACACACACACACACACACACACACACACACACACACACACACACAUUAAUAUAUGCACGGGAUGCAUUUUUGCCGAGCGGCGUUAAACGCUGAAACCGAAUCCCGAGUAGACAAAAGCCUCUCAGAACGAUUCCAACCGCUAGCGAGUGAAUCGCCGUGCGCCGUAAAGUAUGCAAGCACCGGGACGUAGUACAGGGCGCGCGCGACCAAACCGUUUCGCGAAGGGCAGGAUAAUGCGCGUUCAUCCGAGCCGAUCGUGAUUCGUGCACCGCUCGGGAGCGGCGUGUGCUUCUGUGCUUUCAAAUGUAUGCCUCCCAGCGAAGCAAAGCCCGAUCCCGGUUCAGUUGCGUCCGAAGCGCCAGCGACACGGGUGUCUCCUGUUCUGUAACCACCCGGGAAAGGUAGAGAGCAACCUGUUUUCCCCGUACGGGCGCACAGGAACAGCUUCAUCUUUUGUUGGCUGUUCUCGUUGGCUUGCAUUACAUCUGGUUUUUGAAUGAUGAAAAAAACAACAACAACAUCGUCUCGUUAAGCGAAGUUAAGUUUAAGUCUACAUUGUCCCAUAUUGGCCCAUCUAUAACGGUGACAGUGCGAAACAAGCGUCAUUAAACAAAAAACUCGCUUCUUCUUCAUGCAAGGUAUGUGGAGUAUUCCGAUACUUGUACACCAUUAUAAGUACUAGGCGUCUCCUUCAAAAGUUGUACAUAGUGAUUAUGAGUGUUUGUUGAGACUCGUGAAAGAAAGUGUUCAUAUGAAAGAAAGAGUUCAUUACCUUUUUCAUUGCUUCAGUUCAUUACCGUAUGUUGUCAGUGCAGUCGAGCAUCCCGGAAACGUAACCGCGUAAAAUUGUUGUGCGAAUGAACGGCAGCGAGCAUAUCCGGCUGCCAAACUACUAGCAUAACGCACCAUAUCAGGGUGCAGUUAACAACAUAUAUCAUAAACUGUGCGCACUUUCGCUAAGAGAUGGCGUGCAGGCGGGUAAUGCAAUCCCAUCACAGCCCGUACUCAUAAUAAAGGAUGCAACAACAUCGUGUGCUUCGGGUAACUUCGAACCCAGCCGUCAGCAAGGAUCUGUAGGAAUUAAUGCAAGCCAAGAAGGCAGCAGAAGACGGUGCCAAACAGUGCUGUGAUUAUUAACACGGUGUAGCGAAGCAUUACACAUCCCGGAUGUCAUCAAACCUACGGCUGACGCCCAUUACAUCGCACAUACGUGGGUAGAGUGCACUGUGGUUAGCGGCAGCACGAAGCGAUCCGUUUCCUAGCUCCUCUGCCAAAGCAGGAUCGAUGUGCAGGGAAGGCUAGGGGUUCGCCACACGCCACGUCAAUGCAUCAUGGGACGCUUCCCCUACAAUGACGAUCCGGUGGAAAUGUGGCUCUGGUCAUCUAGAAAGCCGGUACAACUUGUACGACUGUCGUCGGUUCCGUUUCCGGGCCCGCAUCUUUCCGGCACGGCGACGGUAACGCUGGCCGGUGCGACCGUAGGCGUCCGCGGUUUGGCCGGAGGUUUGGUCCGCCCGCCCGCCUACCCCGGGUACGUUAGCUACAUGAAGCAAUUUAAUUUCACCGGCAACCCGAUCGACAACCGGACCGGAGCCGAAGCCGGCCUCGGCCCGGACCGGAUCGAUGCGGACGACGACGAGGACGACGGGUCGUCGCUGGCGCUGCACAACUACUGGGCCCUGCUGGCAAUAAUACUCGUGUUCGGUACGGCCGCCGGCAACAUUCUCGUCUGUCUCGCCAUCGUCUGGGAGCGGCGGUUGCAGAACGUCACCAACUACUUCCUGAUGUCGCUCGCCAUUACGGACUUGAUGGUCGCACUGUCCGUGAUGCCGCUGGGCAUCCUAACGCUGGUGAAAGGACACUUUCCGCUGGACUCGGAGUACUGUCUGGUGUGGAUCUGUUUGGAUGUGCUGUUCUGCACCGCUAGCAUCAUGCACCUGUGCACCAUCUCGGUCGAUCGCUACCUGUCGCUGCGCUAUCCGAUGAAGUUCGGGCGGAACAAGACGCGGCGCCGGGUCGUGCUGAAGAUAAGCUUCGUAUGGUUGCUGUCGAUUGCGAUGAGUCUGCCACUAAGUCUAAUGUAUUCCAAGAACCACGCGUCGGUGCUGGUGGACGGAACGUGCCAAAUACCGGAUCCGGUGUACAAGCUCGUGGGCUCGAUCGUGUGCUUCUACAUACCGCUCUGCGUGAUGCUGAUCACCUACACGCUGACCGUGCGGCUGCUGGCACAGCAGAGCGAAAACCUGGGCGGUGUCGGCAGUGGCGGCGGCUGGUCGAGCGGGUGGCUUGGCCAAGCGCCCGCGUUCGAUCGGCGCAACACCUGGAAGCGCAUUAUCAAGCUGAGCCUGCCCGCGGCCCAGAACCCGCACGCACACUCGGCCGCCUCCACCGAUACGGAGCUUUCCACGCUGGACAAUCACGACCUUUGGUUGCUGGAGUCUAGCAUUCCAGAACCGAGCUCGAUUACAAUGACGGCGAUGCAGCGCUUCGGCGAGGAGAUGUUGAAACUUUCCCAAGGGCUAGAAUCGGUGGCGCAGCACAGCGAUCGAAACCAGGGCCAGAACGGUAGCUCGCGCUCGCCGGAGCCAUCACGUGAGAAGGAAUCGUUUCGCAAAAAGCCAGCCAACGCAAAGCAUGCGCCGGCGCCGGUCGCGAUGGUAACGGUGCGGUCGCCAGUGCCGUCGAAAAAGCGCCGCAGCUCCACCUCCACCUGGAUCGCGCGGCGCAACUCGGGCACGCCGCCCCCGGUACGGCUGGUGCGGAAGCGCUUCAAGAGCCUGCCGCACGCCCUGCCGCCCCCCGAAUCGGACGACAUCGAGGUGGACGAGCAGUUCAUGCAGGACGUGCUGUACGAGCUGCGCGACCGGGAGGACCGCGGAUCGGUGCACGGCUCCUCAGCCCGACCCAGUGCCGCCGGGCUGGACGGCGUGCCAGCCGCCGCCAGCAGGGCGCCCGGCGAUCGACGGGAGGGCCGGGAGGCGGGCAGCAAUCCAGCCGGCCCAAGGCAGGCGCAUCCACUGGCGGCACCGAGCCAGGUGGCGGCGGCGGCGGCCACCCUAAAGCUGCCCCCGCCCUGCAAGUGCCCGUUCUUCGGCGAAGGUGCGCCCGGCCGGCAGCAGUACCUGCGCCCGGCCGAGAUCAAGAUCGUCAAGACGAGCACCGACUUCGGGCCGAUGGGCGGGGCGGCAUCGAACGGCGACAGCCUCGUGUACAGCACGAUCUCCAUCUCCUCCGGCUCGAACGUGACGACGCAGCCGACCCGGUCCAUCUCGAGCAGCCUCUCGACCCUGCCCGCCUCCGCCCUGGCGUCCCCGAGCCGGAAGGGCAGCGCACCGAAGGGCAUCUCGGUGGUGACGUGGGAUCAGCGGCGCCACCAGCGGCGCGGCUCGAGCUUUGGCGGGGCGCGAACCUCCCUGCUGCUCACGCCGACCAAGGCGAGCCCGUCGAGCGUGUCGCUGCGGCGGUCGAUCAACCUGCGCCACUCGGCACUGGAGGGCGGCGGCGGCGGUGGCGGCGGCAGCGCCGGCGAAACCAUGUUCCGCGGGGCGCCGAAGAAGAACAGCUCCUCGCCGUGCCUGAUGCAGCACCAAACGGGCGGUGGCGCUGGUGGCGGUGGCAAUGGCGCGACGGUAGCGAUGAUGGCGGUCGCGGCCGCCUCGUCGACCGUGCCGACGCUGGCCACCACGACGAUGACCGUCCGGUCGCACCACUCGCGCAACUCGAGCAUGAUCUCGCGCAACUCCUCCCGCCACGGGCGCAUCAUCCGGCUCGAGCAGAAGGCGACCAAGGUGCUCGGCGUGGUGUUCUUCACGUUCGUCAUCCUGUGGGCACCGUUCUUCGUGCUCAAUCUGCUGCCGAGCGUGUGCAAGCACUGCGAGGACAACAUCGACCAGUGGGUGUUCGAGUUCGUCACCUGGCUCGGGUACGCCAGCAGUCUGGUCAAUCCGAUCUUCUACACCAUCUUCAACAAGGCGUUCCGGGACGCGUUCCGCAAGGUGCUGCUGUGCCGGUACGGGCUGAAGGCGCGCCACUGGCAGCCGAACAGCUAGUACGCGGCCGGUACCGGGCGCGCUCCGGACCACAGCGAGCUGUAGCUGCAUCUUCCUCGUCCUCCUGCUCCACCUGCUCCUCCCAACCACUCACCCACGCAAGCACACGAACUCCGCGCACAAACGGUUUCGGUCGGUUUUUGAUACUUCCCGUUUAGGGCUUCUCGGGAGGGGGGGUCGCGCCGCGUUCCGCAUGGCGAAAGGACGACGGCUCUGCACGAGUUUGUAGAUAUAGCGUACGGUGUGUCGGCGCGUGUAUGUGGUGUUGUUACCUAGCAAUAAAUGUUUUAUACUC